AGUACGUCGGCAACUCGGCGGGCGUACACAUGCCAGACCUGGAGCACAUCUACGCGGGCUCCUCGCGGCUGCGGCACCCGAGGUCUGAGGGAGACCUGAUGCAGGCCGCCGUGGACGCCUUCUUCCUCGUCGUGCACGGCGAUGUGAGUGACGUGAUGAGUCUACCGCCUGGAUAUGUGCUGCGGUCGGCAAACACUUUAUCCAUGAUGAAGAUAUCGCUCGAGAAGCUAACGGCUCUAUGGACUGUGGUGAAGAAUGGAAGGCACCCUGUGGACAUAUCUGUGCGGACCCUGGAGCUGUACCGGCCUCUCUUUAAAUAUGUGAACGCGAGGGAAAUGGCCCGACUCAACCUCUCCGACCCGAAGAUUGUCCUGUAUCUCGGGACGCACCCUGAUUUGAAUAGACACCAGGUGGGCGUGAUAGCUCGGAAGCUGGUGGCGCUGCGGCCCGGCUGGCACCGGCCCGCGCUGCUGACCCUCAUGAACAACCUGCUGUGCGGGCUGCCCGUCGUGCUGCUGCAUCAGAUACGGGACGACGCGCUGCUGCAGCUCGCUCCAUCGGUAUUUUAUCACAUUUACGCAUGCGACCCGUUGCAAGUCCGUUUCUUUUACCAUUUAAUGACCAAGCCUCAGGUGUUAGGCAAGGCCUAUAGUUGGGGUUUCGAACAGGUGUUCAAGCUCGGCCUCCUGCUGACCGAGGCCCGCGGCGCCCACCUCACCACCGUCAAGCCCCACGCUAUAGCCGCUAUAACACCACAGGUGAUGGCGAAGAUGAAACCUAUUAACUUAAGAUACUUGACAGAGCAACAGAAAGCCAAAUUACAGCCUAACGUACGUAAUAUUCUGCGGAAGAAACUACGCUCGUAUACAUUUAUACGGAGAGGAAUAAGCACUGCUAAUACUCCGCAACCAUUAUUAUUUAUUAUGUUACUUUUUCAUACAUCGGUAAAAGUGCUUACAAAAUGUUUGUAG